AUGCUGUUGUGUGAUCAACUUCGGGCACAUUGCAGCCGAAUCAUUUCCAACGGUGUCUUCAUUACUUUGGCGACCAUGUUUCCGGCAAGUGGCGAACGACUUACCUUCCAGUUUACUUUAGAAAUGCCGGAGGAAUUAUCACGUGGCACAACUGUGGCUGAGCUUGACACGCUUGUGCUACAAAACAUUCCGGACAUCCAGCUGACACAUGAUCAAUCAGCAGGCGAGUAUUUGCGGUUCAAGUUUUUUGAACCUAAUCCGUCAUUCUACAUUCACUCGGUCCCACCGAGUAAGCAUUAUUUACGGGUUAACUCUCGUGUGGACCGGGAAGCCGAGUGCUCCCCAGACGGAGUGUGUUGUCAGUUUCUGAGAGAGUCAAACACACGUCCAUUACUCGGAAUACAUUUUGUGAAAUCCAGUGAACCCGAGGUUUGCAAAUUGACGCUAGUCCUUCUAGUGGACAUUCCGUAUAGGGAAAAUAAUCAGAUCGAUCUGAAACAAGCACUGGUUCAGUUGACUAUCAAAAUACUAGAUGUGAACGAUAAUGUACCAAGCUGGCGAACUCAUUCCUCCAGCUCAGUGAACGUACAUCUGCUCAAUGAGACUGCCAAAAUUCGUCAGUACUUUCCCCCUUCCGGUGGUCACAUUCCAAAGAUUGAUUUUACUAUACCGGAACACACGUCAAUUGGUACAAGUAUUGCUGUUCCUCUGGCAGUGGAUCCGGAUGCCCAUCCUGAGAAUACCACCUCUUCUUAUGAAAUUGAAAACCAGACGGUGGAAGGUGCCUUCGGUUUAGAUUGGAAACACACACAGCAACUUGGUGAUGAUCCGUCGAAAAGAAACUCCGGCUUGUGGUUGGUCGUAAACAAGGAUUUUGUUCAUGGCGAUCCGACGGAGCAUCAUGUAGUUCUUCGAGCCUCAGACGCUGGGGUUCCCAAUCCCAUGACCGGAUAUCUACUAGUGAACAUUACGAUAACCGACGUCAAUGACCACCCACCAAAGUGGCCGAAAACUCGGGAUUUUAUUUGGGUAGAGGAACAUGUUGAUUUGGGAACUAGAAUUUUCUGGUCCAAUGCACGGGAUGCCGAUCCAUCCGACCAAGGUCGCCUCACCUACGGUUUCCUCCCAUCCACCCUGGUUGAGUCUCGACAACUGUUUCAUGUCGACCAAAAACGUGGGGAAAUUUCUGUAAAAGCCCCGAUUGAUUAUGAACAAACACAAUUGCACCGAUUGUUUAUAUUCGUGUCUGAUGGAAAGUGGACCGAUGAGAUGGAGUUGGAUGUUUUCGUCACCAACUUAAACGACCACCCCCCAGAAAUACAGCUUCAUUCCCAUUUAGCAAGCGCACAACAUAAUUUUGGGGUUUAUCACGCAGAUCGGUCUACCUUUGUCUCAACUCAGCUCACAAUCCUGGUACGCGAGAACGGCCCACCGGAACAACUUUUAGCCACGGUCACAGUGACCGACAAAGAUUUACUGGCGGAAAGACAGACGGCGGCCCUGGCGCGAAGCAUUGAUUUCGCAUUAAAAGCGGAUGCGAAUGGUAACUCAAUGGCACAGGUCCAUCCCAAUCAUCCGCAAUGCUCGUUAAAUAACUUCCAAUUCAAAAUUGAGCCUCUCGAGUUGGAUAGCAUGGGUGCAUUCACGGAUAAAUUACGGUUCCAGAUAAGUCUUGCUGGUGAACCUUUGGACCGAGAAAAGCAGAGUAGAAUAUUUGUACAAGUUCUUUGCCAUGAUCAUCCGCACACGUCCGAGCAUGUCUCUAACUUUUCCGUGGUCUACCAAGACCAAAUCAAUGGAUUUAAAACCCAAAAAGUUCAUUCGUCCACUGCGCUACUGCGAAUUUUAGUAGAAGAUGAAAACGACUCUCCUCCUGUUUUUGUCGGUCCGCACAGCACUAGGCUCCCUGAAAAUGCCUAUGCCGAAACUGUUGUUCUCCAUCUAAAAGUACUUGAUGCGGAUGAUCCGCACUCGGCUGCUGGAAACGCUGGUUUGCGCUAUAGAUUACUGCCUGACGUAAUAGUCAAACCGGAAACAUUUGCCUUCAUCGAUGAGACGCCUAAUUCUAAAGAGAGUUCAGAUGCUGAAGAAGAGAAUGCUUUGCCCCCUAAGCCCUGGUUCCAGAUAAACCGGGUCACGGGUGAGUUGAAGUCCCUGGUCAGUUUUGAUCGUGAACUCACAAAAGCACUCAUAGUGGCGAUUGAAAUAAGAGACGGUGGAGAUGCUAACUGGACAACCUUAGCCGCGGAAGAAUCAAGAGCCGUGACAUCUGUGAAUCGUGUAAAUAUCACCAUCGCGAUCGAGCUAACCGAUGUGAACGAUUGUGUUCCGAAGUUUCAUCAACCACUUUACGAAUUUAGUUUAAGUGAAAAUACUCGCCCUCCGAUACGAAUAGGAAAAUUCAAUGUCACAGAUUGUGAUGUGGAUGAAACCAAUAGAGCUGUGGAAUAUUGGCUUCAACAAAACAUACAACCUAUGGGUGAGCUGACCUCCAAAUCUACAAGCGUCCAAUCUUUACCUACCAGUACAUAUUAUACUGCUUGGUUUUCAGUCUCUAGAGUCGGCGAACUGUACUUGCGCACGCCACCCACCAUAUCACAAUCGUCUGGGCAAAAAUAUUCCGGUAUUCUAACCCCGUUGGAUAGGGAGCAAGAUGAACUUAUUGUGAUGGAUGUGUUUGCUCGUGAUGGCGGUCAUCCGGCUUUGACCGGUUCCGCGCAAUUGGUGAUUCGCGUUCUCGAUGUCAAUGACCACGCACCUGAAUGGGAAUUUCCCAAACCUCGACAGCGACUGGUGAAUUUGUCAGCUGAAACAGCUGUGGGCAACCGGAUCGCUCAUCUUGUCGCCACUGAUCCUGACGAAGGUCCCCGUGGAAUGAUCAGCUAUUCGAUUCUCAGCGGAAAUGAAGGUGGUUACUUCGAACUGGACUCCAACACGGGUUGGGUAUACUUGGCUCAACCACUUCAUCAACAGAAUUCUAUUAGUUCAGGAUACACGGUUCAGAGCGAGUAUCAAUCACCAAACGCUCUCAAUUUAUAUAGCACGAAAUCGCACCUUAGCAUGCCUUCAAUUAUGCGUUUAUACGUUCAGGCUUCUGAUCAUGGCAGUCCACCAAGGACAUCAUCCUCAGUGUUGGAUAUUCUAAUACAUCCGCCAGCAAAAGUGCAAGGAUCAUCGACUACGAAGACACUCAGGCAGCUUGAAUUCCGUGAGGCCACUGGAGUGAAAGCGCUAAACGAUCGAGCCAAUAGACCCAGUAAAGAUGUGGAGUUUGGUGUUUCCGAACUAAAUUGGCCGCUCAACCAUCGGCAAGAGCAUCGUGGGUUUCUUCUCUCCUCUGACUUCCUCACACUAAUUGCAAUGGUUAUCGCCACACUAGCAGCAUUGGCGCUCAUCUUUGUCUUCUUUGUGAUUCUCCGAUGUCGGAAAUUUAAACCCGCCACUGAGAUGCCUUCAACUGCCCGAACGGCAAGGUUUUCUUCUACUGAGAGGAGAUCUAACUGGCAUACAACUGCAAACUUUAGUACUGCAGUGAUACCAUCUUGGUUGAGUGUAGAUACAAGUGGAAAGCGAUCGAUCGAACCACCAUUCUCCUCUAAACUACAACCUUCCACGUUCUGGUCACGUCUCAAUUUCCACCUGUGUCCCUCAAGGAAGACGGAUGCCAGAACGCUGUCGAAUACUGCUGCGUCACACGGUUUGUACGAACAUGCCUUUGGAGCUCUGCGUGACGUUCCGUCCCCAGAGUCAUCUUUGCCCGGGGAAGCAUUGGUAUAUUCGAAAAAGUCGAUUCCGAACACAUCUCAUCAGCAAGAAAAUGACUUGCUGCACAACUCUACUGACUACUGUCAUCUAUUACACUCGGCCCAUCCUCUGAACGUGGACAAUUCGGGUACGAUUUGCACACGCAUUCAGCUUAACAACGAGCAGUUGCGUUCCAAAAACCAGUUCGACAUCAGGAUAUCACCAUCCUCGAAGUACCAAACGUUUGAGCCAAAUGAAGAAAUCUCGAUGGUCCACGAUUCAUCAUCGCAAUGCGAGCAUGAAGUGUGUCAAAUGGACAAAGCCGUUCGGUAUGGAUCCAGCACAGUGAACACAAAGGUUUUUACAGAAAAUUACACACCACUGAAGCGUACUUCAUCGCAGUCCAAAAUGGACGUCCGCAUAAGCGCCAACACAACCAGUUUU